UUAAAUUUUGUUUUCCAUCGAUUGUUUGGUCUCGCACUUGUCAGCAACUGUUAAAAAUACAAAAUAAUGCGCAAUGCCAAGUACGAAAAAGAAAGGAAAAGCUGCAAGGUCGGCAAAGAGAUCUAAAAAGAGAGGUCCUAAGGAAGAUGUGAAAUCCUCAACCAGUCUCCCUCCUGCAGUGGAAGGUCCACUCCGAUGUUUUCUUAGGGUAGCCAUCACCAAGGUAACAUGGACCACGCCCAAGCUUCCUGAAUCUACCCAUGUCAGGUUGAGAUGGUGGGGAGAAACAUCCAGUGGAACAAUUUUCAGGCCUGUAGAUGGCAAGAACCAAGGGAAAGCUGAGAGUCAGACUGUUGCUCGAUUUCCAAUAAGAUGUGGACCAAAGCAAUUUACAGCUUAUCUCAGCGAUAUGGGUAGUGUUAGUGUAGAUGUCCUUCGAGGUUCUUCUAUGGUUGUUGCAGGUAGAGCUCAGGUCAAUGAGAUCAGUGUCAUGUCACCACAAAAACCAAUCAGUGGGACAUAUCCAGUAUUUUCAGUGAAAGAUUCCCAGAAAAUUGCAGAGGUACAGAUUGCUAUGAUGUUUGAACCUCUUAUAACAUCUUAUGAUAGUUCCAGUUCGCUCCCAACAACUGAUGCUAGUAUGAUGGCCCCCUCUAGGCCUACCGAUCAGGACAGUGUCCGAUCUAAGACAUCUCAUCGUUCCACCUCAUCCCAUGCUUCCUCUAGAUCAGGUAUGAAGAAGAAGAUAUUUCCUGGUUCAAGCUCUACAGAGGGCCCAUUCACAUCUGGCAAUUCUAAGGUUCACUCUGAUGCAGCAUCUAGGGAUCUUGAGUCUGAUUACAGCACUGGUAUUGGUCAUUUAUCAAAACCAUUAUCUCAGAGUAGUCACAUGAUGCCAUUGGAUGCCAAACAAGACCUAUCUAGGAAACCACUAUCAACCUUACCAAUCACAAACAACACUAGAUCACUACCCACUCAUCAAAUGGGCAACACUGUCCCAGACAAAUUGAAUCCAGAUCUCAUAUCAGCCUUGCUUGAUAGAGGCAAGAAGCUGAGAGAUGCUAUGAUCAAAGAAGAGUUAGGUCACCACUCGACAAGAAGGCAAGCGUCUGUAGGCCAGAGGACACAGGAUAAUGACGGGAGCGGAGUUGCUGAGGGGCAGAGGAAAUACAGAAGGAGAGGUUCAACUGGUGAACUCUUUCGUGAGCUCCUUCACGGAGAGCAAGAUGAAGUUCCGGUCAGGGAUGGUGACCCUAUUGUUGCCCUUGGAAACCUAGUGGAUGAAGAGGAUGAUGAAGAAGAUGCUGAUACAGAGAACAGAGCAGUAGAACUUCUUGUGGGAGAUGUGCUAAAUGUUAAGGAUCUUAAAAACCUAAAAGCUCUACAUUCGGGUGUUUCACCUCCAGGGAGUGUAUCAUCUCACAGUGAUGAUGUCUAUAGUGAGGAGGAGGAUCCUCUUCAUGACAACAGCAUCCUGGAAGAACUCUUCUACAAAGGAGCCGCAAGCAGUAGUAAUGAGAGUCUGGCUGAUCUAUUAGACUCAGAUUCAAGUGAUGACAGUGAGCCUUACAAGGCAAAGAGAACCAAACAAGGGAAGACCGUGGAUACUGCAUCACCAAGACUGCCACAGGAAGAUGCCAGCAGUAAUGGUUAUUUAGACCCUAAUAAAGCAGAUGAUGAUAACUCAAGGAGAUCAAGAAUUGAGAUGGAAGAUGAGGAGGAGAGAGAUGAUACCAGCCAAUCAUUGAGUGAAUCAAGAACAUCAGGGUCCCUUGCUUCAUCUCGAGAUCGUUGUCAUCAUCAUGGAGGUCAUAGUGAGACUGAUCCUGCCACUGGUCUGAGUGUAGAGAGACUGACACUUCUUGGACGUGUCCAUGUUGCUAGGGUAACCCUUGAUAAGCUUACUCUCCGAUCAGAACCAACAAGCCGGAUCCCUGUUCGGACAGGGAAGGGAGGAUCUAAAGGGAUCAAGGGCAAACCUCCAAGACCAUUAACACAGAAAAAGAUAACUUAUUUUGUGGAGUACCAGUUCCCAGUCAGUGAGGCAUCAAAUGGUAGGAAUGGAACAGCAACUGGCGCCAUGGCAACAGAACUGAUGCGAGUUGUCUCUAAGAAGGUAUCUGGUAAGGAAGUAAUUUUUGGACAUCGGUCAGUGUUUCCUGUCCAGUUUGAUGGUCAAGCAGUUGACCGAUGGUGGAAGCAACUCCUUGUCUUCAAGGUCUUCUCCAAGAUUGCAGGAGAUAAACAUCCAACAAUAUUGGGAGUAGCCAGUAUUCCUCUGAGGUCACUCAUCCAAAGUCCAGACCUAGUGACCAUCUCAGAUCUACCGGUCAAGGAUAAGACCUCUCCAUCUGAGACCAGUGAUCAGGAUACCAGUCCAAAAGGAAACAUGAUUGGUGUUAUUUCAGUAAGUAUAGAGCUUGCAUCAGACAGUAAGGACUUUGCCUCUGCUCUCACUAAGACCAGAGUAGCCGAGAUGCAGGGUGCUAAGAUAGUACCUCUCCCCUCAUCUGACCGUAGGAUGGGGUUAACACAUCUCACAGGGCAUGCAUCACCACCAUCACAGCCAUCAUCCAGGCAUACUUCACCUAAAAGUCACCAGGCCAAAGAUGGAAGUCGGUAUAGAACAACUGGGAAGUCAUCGGCUGCUGUUCCAUUUGGUCAUCCAGGCCCUAACUCUCCAUUCUUUGCUGUAUGUAAGAGAUGGUCAUCUAAAUACCCCCAUUAUACCAGGACAUAG